AUGCUAUCACCGAGCGCGCAGGCCUCCCCCGACGCGGCGACCAAUGGAGUCAAGCGGAAGCGGAAGACGUACUCUUGCGACGCAUGUCGGCGGCGUAAAUUGAAAUGCGAUCGCGGUUAUCCAUCCUGCGCCCGAUGUAUGAAGGCGGGUCAAGCCCGUUCUUGCUUUUACGAUGUGCCUCCCUCUCUUGAGCAAAGGCCGUCGAAGGUAGCCGCGCCGCCAAAUGCUGCCAUUCCGACGCCGGCCUAUGAGGGAAAGUCUCACACUCAGAUCGCCCCCGUGAGAUCACUGCCAUCCCAGCUUCCCACUUUACAGGCUGAUCAGAAUGAUGGUACUUGGCAGCUGCUUAGCGAUGUCGUUCAGAAUGCUCCUAAUAACCCACAACGGCCGACGGUCAGAGCCGACAACGAAGAACCAUCCGGUGCGGCAACGCACGAUUCAUAUCAUCGAAUCAUAUUUCGCGGAGAAAACUUCAAAACGCAGUACUAUGGCGGAAGUAAUCCCGUCAGUCUAAUUGGUCACGUAGGAUAUCCACGCUCUCCUGAUAAUGAACCCUGCUAA